AUGGAGUGGCAUAAAGGUGUCUGGUUUACUCACUCUACGCCCAAAUUCUCUUUCUUUGCCUGGUUAGCGCUCCACAAUCGCCUCACCACGUGUGAUCGUAUCUUGUCUUGGAGCCCUGGUAUUAACCCUCUGUGUGUGCUCUGCCAACGGCAACAAGAAACUCGGAACCAUAUUUUCUUCACCUGCGGCUACUCCAGUGAAGUAUGGGGUGCUUUAACCAAGGGUCUUCUUAAACGGUCCUAUAGCUCAAGUUGGGAUUCUAUCGUCUCUUUUAUCUCAGAUUCUCGCCACCCGUGGACUCCUCUGUUUCUUGUCCGAUACGUGUUUCAAUCCGCGAUACAUACCUUGUGUAGGGAACGCAAUUCACGUAGACACGGAGAUCGACCACAACCUCCGGCCAAGCUUACUCGUAUCAUAGACAAGACUGUUCGGAACCGCAUCUUCUCAAUCAGAAUGAUGGGAGAUGUAAAGUAUGAUGAAGCUCUCUAA